CGAGUCAAUGAUAAACUUUUCAUUUUUUCAUCAUCUUAAAAGCUGAAAGAGACUUUUCAUUGUCAUCAUUUAAGUAUGAAAAAGGACAUGUGAUUUAGAACCUUGUCCUUUUUUUCUUGGUUUCUGAAACAUAAUUUCUUAGAGGCGGUCUGCUGCGAAAGAUCCUUCCUCUCACAACCAUCUCUGUUCGAUAGAUCCAACCAAAAACCGCAUCGAUUUUCCAUUCACACGGCACUGAAUGAUGAUGACUUGGAGGAGAGCUUCUCAAGUUUGUAGCUGUCGAUUGUUAAAUAUUUUCUUGUUUCUUCUUGUCCAGAUUUCACAUAUAACUCAAGGAAACAAUGUUCCCUCUCCAAUACCAGUUGGUGCAAGGCAUGUGAUUUGAUUUUUUUUCAAUUUCAUUUAACUUAUCGAAAUUUUUUUAAAAAGUAUCUAACCAAAUGCAAUAGAAAACAAAAUAUGUGACGACAAAUAUAAAAAGUGUUUUUAUUAAAGAUAACAUUAAAGAAAACAAAAAGGUAUUUAAAGCUAACUAAAACACGUCAUUAAGAGUCAUGUAGAUAAUUGUGAAAUUGCAUGCCGUUGACAUAAAUUUCGUAACAAAAGAAAAAACAGAACACAGAAUCUUGUUCUCCCACCGAUCACCACCGGAGAUAUGGAAUCGCCGAUUACUCAACCCCAAAUGUUUAGAUUGCAGUUUCUUCGUCUUCUUCAUAGUCGACGAUCACCCCAAGUUCCAUUAAUAGCCGAUUCUUCAAAUCCUAUCGAGAAUCCUCUCUUUCAAGCUGAUGUUCCUUCUACCACAGCAAUAGAGUCUUGUCCAAAAGAAAACAUUGGUAAGUUAAAAGAUAUGCUUAAAGAAGAAAACAUUCAUUUGCACACUGAGGAUUCAGAGCAAGGGAAAUUACCUUUGCUUAUUUUAAGCUUGAAAGAGAGAAGUGAAGAAAAAAGGCCAGCGAUUGUGUUUAUGCAUGGCACAAACACAAACAAAGAAUGGUUAAGGCCAUGGCUUGAAGCAUAUGCUUCGCGGGGAUAUGUAGCCAUCGGUUUAGACUCUCGUUACCACGGUGAACGUGCUGAUUGCAAAACUGCAUAUCGAGAUGCUCUUAUAUCAUCUUGGAGAAAUGGAAACACUAUGCCUUUUAUCUUUGAUACUGUAUGGGAUUUGAUCAAACUAGCUGAAUAUCUUACUCAGAGGGAUGAUAUAGACCCGAAAAAGAUAGGAAUCACCGGUAUUUCGCUAGGAGGGAUGCAUGCUUGGUUUGCUGCUGCAGCUGACACUCGCUAUUCCGUGGUUGUCCCAUUAAUCGGUGUUCAGGGUUUUAGAUGGGCAAUAGAGAAUGAUGAGUGGGAAGCAAGAGUCAACAGUAUCAAACCUUUAUUUGAAGAAGCAAGGAUUGAUCUCGGAAAGAACAUAAUCGACAAAGAACUAGUCGAGAAGGUGUGGAACAGAAUAGCUCCUGGCCUAGCUUCGAAGUUUGAUUCACCGUACUCAUUACCAGUGAUUGCUCCACGGCCUCUUUACAUCCUUAACGGCGCAAAUGAUCCUCGAUGUCCUCUUGGCGGACUAGAACUUGCGUUAAAGAGAGCUGAAAAGGCGUAUAAGGAAACAGCUUCUCCUGGAAACUUCAAGUUCAAAGCAGAAGAUGGAGUUGGACACGAAGCGACGAGUUUCAUGAUCAAAGAAUCAUCAGACUGGUUUGACAAAUUCCUUAAACAAGAAGAUAUGACAACUUGACAGAUUGUAAUAUUGUGAACUAAUAAAGAAGAAUCAUCUUCUUCUCGUUAAUAAUGUAUUCACUCUCGCAAAUCAAUAUCAUUACAAAUUUCA